UUAGCUAUCCAUAAAUCCUCCAUCAUAUCACACAUGAUAAACUCCCUAUUUAAAGUUCAACUGUAGCAGUGAAAUUGCUUUAUUAAUUGCCGCCAGAGAUGUUGAUCUAGUAACCAAUCCAGUGUAAGGUCACAUCAUGCCCGAUCACUGGUGCGAGACGUUCAAACCGGUUGCUUGGUGACGGGGUACAGUGAACGCGCUUGGCGUAACACUAUCCAGAGAAGACAUUGGGAUACAACUUUACUCUCUAACAUGCGUAUUGAGCUUUAGAUAUCACUUUAUAGCAUUCGUGUUUUCAGACUUGAGGUAAAUCGACAACAGCAGCGAUGUCUUUAUCCAUGUUGGAUUACAGAAAGUUUGACGUGUGGAUAUCCAUUGAUUACUGAGGCUGUGCUCGUCUCCGCGUUGUCAAACACAAUGCCUAGCCGUCAAAAGAAAAUUAUAUUCUCUAUUGCGGGAGUGCUUUGCUUUGGUUGUGUUCUGGUCGUGGCGGCUGCGAUGGGGACUCAGUUUUGGGUUCAAGCGGUUGUUCUGUGCAAGACUGGCGCACAGAUCGUCAACGCGUCGGGAGCAGAGCUGGAGAAGUUCAUCGGAAGGGCGAACUACGGACUUUUCCACGGGAAAGGGAUGAAACAGUGUGGUCUGGGAGACAGACCCUUUUAUUUCUCUUUUUUCCCUGACCUGAUGGAUGUGGUUCCAGCCAGUCUACAUGUGAGCGUGAUCUUCUUCUGCGCGGUGCUCAUCGUCUUCUCCACGGUGUCCUGUGCGUUCUUCUUCUACAAUGCCUUCGGAAGCCCAUAUGAGACACUGCAUGGACCCCAGGGCCUUUACCUCUGGAACAUGAUAAGCUGUUUCUGUGCCUGCUUGGUCCUCAUUCUGUUUUCCUCUGAGGUCAAGCUGCACCACCUGACCGAGAUCAUCUUCAACUUCAACGAGGGCAGCUUCGUCUACAAGACACAAGGCGAGAGGUACGACAGAUCCUUCUGGCUCAUCUUCCUCACCUUCCUCACGCACGGUCUCAACAUCUUGCUCAUCCGCCUGGCCGGGAUCCAGUUUCCCUUUCAGGAGGCCAAAGAGUCAGACGCUAGCACAGGAGCUGCGGAUAUCAUGUACUGACCACGAUAACAUCAUGUUCUACUUCCUCCCCUGCACACGAGAUCCUAUCGCAGCGACUAGCACUUCUCACUUCAACAGGAGCCUUGAGAAAAGCAGCAUGCGGUUUGUUUACAGCUGAACAGGCAAGGCACAUUUGAGCCUCUUAAGCUGUUCAGUCCAUGUGUGGCGGUGAACUUGGAGAUGCUCGUGUGUCUGGAAGAGAAGGGUUCUUAUCUCACAGCGGGGAGGCAGGAGCGAGGAACUCUUUCUUUCAAACAGUCCACUGACGGAGCAUUCAUUCUGUCAAUCACUGAAACAAUUAACGCUCACAAUUUCAAACGGCUGAUGAAAACACCCUGUAGUUUCCAGUCUGGCUGGGGACAUUACAGUUUCCUUUCGCUGUGGAUCUUUCAUAGUCGCAACACAAAGGGAUGCGACAAUUGGCAAUUCUACAGUGACCCCAAAAAGUAUUUUGACACUUAAGCCACACUUAAAUAUGUAUGAAUGUCUGUGCAUUAGAUAACAAAAUAAUCAAACCAUGCAGCACAAAAAGAAGUUUGUUUAUACUGUACAUCCAUUAAAAAUCACCAGACGAUUGCAAAGUAUUGGCAAAAAUGGCUCAGAAAUGUGAAGUUAGCUCUGAGCAGGGUUAUUGUUAACUGAAACUAAAACUAAAACCAUAAAAAGCAUUAUUUCAUUAUACUUGAAAUAAACUAAACAACUGAAAUAAAAUAAAAUAUAAAUUACACUUAUUUUAUUUCAUUUUUCUCAUUUCUCAAGUUCUAAAAUAACUAAAACCGAAUAACAACCCUCAAAACUAAUAGUAAUAAAAACACACAACAAAAUUACUAAAACUUUCAAAAUUAAAAUAUAAAAAACUUUUAAAACAGAAGAUAUUCAAAUCUAAUUCAAAAUAUGUAACAAAAACUGUAGGCUAAUAUUAUAUCACUGAUACUAGAGUAACACUAGCUCUGAGAUAAGAUCUAGCAUUAUUUGUUUACAGGUGCCAUGAUCCAUGUGGUUUGAUAUUUUGUUAUCUAAUGCAAUGCCAUUUAUAGAUUUUAUGUGUUCGAGUUUUUAGCGUCACUGUAUAAUGAUAUUCAAAUUUCUGAUAUUUUCCUACAUAUCCUUUACACAAAACAAGGAUUGAAAUGCUUAGAAUUCUAAAAGUCACAACUAAAAAAUAAAUAAAAUAAAAGAACCAUAUAAUAAUAUCAAUCUAAAAUAAUGUGUUGGCUUAAAAAAAAAAAAAAAAAUAGUGAAUUUACAUUCAACCAACAAGCUACACCGAGUUAGAUGAACUUAAUUUGUAGCAUAAACACAAAUUUUCAAGUUGAUU